ACCGAGUUUGUGAGGUGCUGUAGAUUGUUGCCACUGUAGUUUGGAGUCGCCAAGACUCAGAACUGUUAAUACCCUCAUACACACACCGGACUGAAACAUUUUUUUGUGGGGUUAACAUUUCCAUUCCAACACUUUAUGUAAACUUGUGUAUUUACUGUCUCCUAUUUGGUUUUGAGACAAAAACAAGAUGGAACUUAACUCGCUUCUAAUUCUGCUGGAGGCUGCAGAGUACUUGGAAAGAAGAGACAGAGAGGCAGAACACGGAUAUGCCUCGGUUUUACCGUACAGUAGCGACUACUCCGGGAAGAAGACAAAAAGCUCAACAAUAAGCAGAAAAAGUCCGAACAAUAGAUCGUCACACAAUGAGCUGGAGAAACACAGGCGUGCCAAACUCCGGCUGUACUUGGAGCAGUUGAAGAAGUUGGUGCCUUUGGGUCCAGACAGCACCAGACACACCACACUGAGCUUGCUGAAAAGGGCAAAGAUGCACAUCAAGAAGCUGGAAGAGCAGGACAGGAAGGCUUUAAACAUGAAGGAGCAGCUGCAGAGAGAGCAUCGCUACCUCAAACGCCGCCUCGAGCAACUCUCGGUCUCUGGUUCUGUGGAGCGCAUUCGCACUGACAGCAUGGGCUCCACCAUCUCCACCGACUCUGAGCAAGAGGUGGACAUUGAGGGUAUGGAGUUCACCCCUGUCGAGGUCGACAGCGUGGGGAGCCUCAGUGACCCCGAGGAAGAGGAGGACCACUACAGCCUCCAGAGCAGCUCCAGCGACACCAGCUACACGGCACCACAUUCCCACAGACUGCAGCCACACCACUGUUAGACUCCUGUGACCAGACGAUACAGCUUCUUCGACCCGCCCUCACCUCCAGACCACCACUACGACCCACAUCAGAGCAGUCCACAAAGGCGGUACCCGAUGAACGCCACGCAGCUCUCCCUCCCUGACCCUACUUCACCCUCACCUGUCAUGUCCCAAACAACCAAAAGUCCAAAUAAUUUACCAACCAACCAACCUACAUAGCAGCCAGCCAGCCAGCCAGCCAAUCAAUGAGUACAAACAGCCAACCAACUGACCAAGCAACCAAUCCCAAAAAAAUAACAAAGAUCAACAACAAGUCAAGCAAGCACCCACUCAACCAACCGGCCCUUUAGCCCGCGUCACUGCAGGCUCACAGCAGUGGGGGACUUCUGUGGUGAGAUGGAUAGCUUUAACUUGUUCAUCAGGAUUUGGGAGUCAGUGUGUAUGUGCGUGUAUGUGUGUGUGCGCGCGUCAGACAAUAACGCAACAAAAAAGCUCCGUGUCAUUUCCACAUGGCAAUAACACACAGACAAAGGCCUUCAUGUAUGCAAACCACCUCCGCAGGUUAUUCCGCAGUAUGUACACAACUAGGACCUCAUUAGCCUGCCACACAAUACAAGCAAUAGUCAAGAUACUUGUGGGUGAGGAAAAGAUCAAUAGUUUUCCCACGCCAGAAUCAGGAAACAUUUUUGUCCUACCACCAGAUUGGGGAAGGAGAACCAGUUGGCCCGGUUCUAAUAAUGAAACAACGGAAAAUGCGGUGCACCGGCACCGCAAGUUUCCAUGAAAUAUUGUUUCUUUUGUAUACUGCCUAUUCGUCAUAGUAGCUAAAGCUGUGUUCUAAAUAACAGUAGCAUGUUAAAAAAAAAAAGUACGUUCAAAAAGAACUGCCGCAGAGAAAAUGAGCAAUUUGAUUAUUUAUUGUCCCCACGCCCCCUUCUUUUUCUUUUUUGUUUUGCCUCACCACUAUUCCACACUACUGACCACUACACUAUAACACCCUAUGGUGUGGAUGGACUACUAUGGCCUUUUCGCGACUCUAUUUGCUCAGUAGCGAAGCGAUGUAGCAGAGCAUGCAGGAGGAGGGUGCUUCCUCCCGAGUGUUUCAAAAGGUUCCUUCGGGACCGCAAGGCGCCACCGGAGACUUGCGCCUCACAUUUUUUUUUUCUUUUCUUAAUGUCAAACCACCAAAAUGUCAAAAUCGGAAUUCCUCUGCAGCAGCUCUGUGUUGAACAUCCCCUCAAGAUGGCCAACUCCCAUCGUUUUUUUGGUUGUUUUGUUUUCUUCACAGUACUCACAUUUGUAAGAGCAAUCUUUUUCCUAACCUACGUGAAGGUUACAAACGACAGUCACUGUUGACGGACGAGGCGCUUCUGUUGGCCACUUCAGGCAACAUCUUUGUGGAAAAAAAAGGUCCAUUAUGUUAGGCCUUAUUAAAAAAAUAUAUA